AUGCCACAAACAACCUACUUAAAAACUUGUACUCCUCCGUUCAAAGGAAAUGAUUAUUUUUCUUUUUAAUUCGUUUCAAAAGAAUGAUUUUUUUUCCUUUUUAGUAACUUUUUAAUUUUAUUUUUUCACAUAACAUAUUUAAGAAUAUAAGAUUGAAGGAUAUUUUGAUACAUUUGAUAUUUCUUUAAUUUAAUACCACAAGAUUCAAAAAUUUUCUUUAUUCUUUUAAAUUUUGUGUUAAAUUAAAUUAGGUCAUUUUUUUUAAAAGGAGGAAGUAUAUUAUGUAUGACUUGCAAGAGCAAGGGAUAUAUACCUUUAGCAUCAGAUCCCCAGCUCUCAUCCCCUACCCCACCGCCCUCUUUAAUUUUUUUUUUAAAAAAAGCAGAAAAUAAUAAUUAUAUUUUAUCAAUAAAAUGAAAGUUCAGUUAGUCAAUUAAUUGAUCUAUUAAAUAUUUUAUUUUUUUUGAUUUGUAAUGAACAUAAAUUGGGGGUAAGUAGAAAAAAAUGAGAAAGGAGGUUAUAAAAUAGAGAAUCAAAACCCUCACCAGUCACCAACAAUUGGAAAGUUUAGGCAGCAUGUUCUUUGUUCUUUCCUCUAAUUCUUUUUGAAGGUACGUAAUAUUAUUAAUUUCAAAACUUGAGGGCAGCUUUGUGUUGCAAAUGAAAACAAUUGGGGCGCAAUACGUAAUUAUUUCGAAAUAGACAGUAGAAAUAACUCAAACAGUAGCACUUUUUCUUCCUUCAGACAAGCAAGCAGAGAAAACCCUAGUCCAUGAUUUCUUGAUUUUGAGGACUUUACAGAGGGUAGUGAUCAAUUAGUUGUCCAAGGGGCUUCUGAUGGACAGUAUUGUAGAAGCACUGAACAGUGCAUAUCAAGACUUUGUUGCAGCAGCAGCUAUUGUACUUGAAUCAAAGGAGAGUUCAAAUGGUCAGAAAACAGCAGCAACUGAUGCUGCAUUAGAAAACUUUAAGCAACGAUGGGAGUUGUUCAGGGUUGCUUGUGAUCAGGCAGAGGAGUUUGUGGAAGCAGUUAAGCAAAGAAUUGGCUCCGAGUGUCUUGUGGAUGAGGCUACGGGCAGUGUUUCAGCGAAGCCUGGGCAAUCGGCUUCAAGUGGCCUUCAACCCAUUAGUGCUGUUAGGUUGGAACAGAUGAGUAAAGCUGUCAGAUGUCUAGUGAUAGAGCUUCAACGUGGUUCUGGAGCUAGUAGUGCUUCGGCACAUCCCAAUCCUUCUGCUCCAUUUGAUGCCAGAUUUUCUGAAGAUGUAGCUCAAUAGGUAACUAUAAUGUCUGGUAAUCAGCAGGGACAAAAUUUUCUGUGCCUCAGUAAGCUGCUAAAGUCGUAAGUUUGAUGUAUCAAGUCAUGUUGUGACGCCUGUAGAAGAAAUGCUACCAAGUCAUGUUGUAAUGCUGUAGAAGAACUGCUUGGUAAUGAUAGUUACUCAAAACAGACCACCCUCCCUCCUCUCCGUCUUACAAGAAGAUCUGUCAAGUUUAUAAUGUAGUUUCAAGGCUCUGAGAUUUACUUUUAUCGCAGUAUGAGCUACAUCACUGUUAGCCUUAUUCAGAUCUCAAAUACAUCCUACCGUAUGUGUAAGCAUACAACAUAUACAAACAGGCUGUAUGUAUUUGUCUGCUUCGUAUAACUAUGUUUUCAAGUAUUUACACUUCUGAAGUUUGUUAUACAAAUGAGUAGUGUAUAUCCA